AUGGCUGCUACAUUGUCUCACUGCUGUUUCUCUCCCGCCAUCACUUGUCUAAAAUUAAAUCCCGAACUCAAACCCAUUAAUUCCCUUCUCUGCCCUAACUCUUACAAACCCAUUUCUUCCUCCAACACAAACCCCAGGUUGAGAAUCUAUCAAACAAAAGCAGUUUUACACAGACGGUCGCAUAGGUUAUUUGUGGUUUCUGGGUUGGUGGAUGGCAAUUCUGAGACAUACCCAGAAGCAGAAUCAAGUGAUUUGAAUGAGGAUGGUGCAACCAUUGACAUAAAACUGCCAAGGAGGAGUUUGCUUGUGCAAUUUACUUGUAAUGAGUGUGGCGAGAGGUCUAAGAGGCUCAUAAAUCGCUUAGCCUAUGAACGGGGACUCGUUUAUGUACAGGCACCCAAUCUCUCGCAAGAGCAUAUUGUCUCACUAGUACUUGAGCUUAAUGCUACUGCUUGUAUGAGUAGCUUAAGUUCAUUCUGGAUUGUUGUUUGUCCGGUCAUGAUGCUGUAUGCCAGAGCUGUGUCCUCAGAUUCUGUUGUCACCGUAGGUGGGGCUGGGGGGCUCGGAGGAUUUGGUGCUGGAGCUGGAGCUGGUGCUGGGGAAGGCACUAAUGACGGUGAUGGAGCUGGUGGUGGAAUAGCUGGUGCCGGCACUGGUGCUGGUGGUGGAGUGGCUGGUGCUGGUGCUGGUGUUGCUGGCGCUGGUGCAGGUACUUCCUUAGCUGGUGAUGGCGCCGGUGUCUCCUUUGCAGGGGCUGGUGCUGGAGGUGCUUGUGCUGGAGCUGGAGACACUUGUGGUGGUGGCAAAGAAGGUGGUGGAGUAGCCGGUGGUGGUGGCAGUGCUGGUGGUUGUAUUGGAGCUGCAGUUGGAGGUGGAACUAUUGGGCUGGUAGCUGGUGCUACUUUAGGAGAUGGUGGAGGUAUAGGAGUGGUUGCAGGUGGGGGUGUCGCUGCACUUAUUGGUGAUUGUAUUGGUGUGGUUGGUGUGGUUGAAGGUGGAGGCGUGGUGGUUACCGGUGCAGGUGUAGUGGGCAAAGUUGUUGAUGGUGAUGCUGCUGGUGUUUGGGCUUUGGUAAUAGGUAACGGGAAACUCAGACAAACCAAGAUAAGAACCCAAAGCACCGAAGCCAUUUUGUUGUGA